UCGGCUGCGGGGUAUAAAAGCCGGAUCCAGGCGGCUUGACAGGCGAGGAAAUUCUUACUUUCCUUCACGGCGGGUGGUUAACGGUUCCCUUAUUUAUUUUUAGAACCCACUUGGAUUUAAGCCACCACAACACCCGGAAACAUCUCGCCAUACUACCAAGCAAAAUCAGUGCAGAUCUCAGCCUGUCCACCCUAAACGCCACCUGCCAGCCACACUGCAACCAAGCCAAACCGAAAGCCUUCAGCCAUGAUGCAGAUCAGCAGCGACUCCGCCACCAACAAGCACUCCCUCAUCAACGUCAUGCACCGCUUCAUCGCGGCUGCCAACAACAUGGAUGAGACCAUCAUGGUGCCCAGCCUGCUCCGAGACAUGCCCCUGGAGGAGCAGGCGGCCAGCCAGGUGGAGACCAACAACAACGAGGAAAACACGCCAUGUAACAAGCAGCAGAGGGACAUGUACGAGCACUACCUCCUCCUCAAGUCCAUCAAGAAUGAUAUGGAGUGGGGCCUCCUCAAGCGGGAGAUGAGCAGUGGCGCCAGCUUCCUGGAGAUGGCGGUCAAGCAGGAAGAGCAACAGCCUGUCACCAGGGAGAUGCCCCUGGAUGACAACGCAGACCUGGAGCACCAGUUCCACUUCCACCUGCGAGGACUCUUUGGGGUUCUAUCCAAGCUCACCUUGCAAGCGGACCACCUCACCAAUAGAUACAAGCGUGAGAUUGGAGGGGGAAACUUCAUGAGAUAGAAAUCACCACCUUUUUUUUUUCCCUCUCUUCCUACCCUGGGACUUGAUGGGGAUGUCAUGGGAACGGGCCCUCCUUCUCUUUUCCUCCUGGAGCAUCAACACUCCAGCCUCCCUGUCCUCCUUCAACCAGUGACGCCUGCAGCACAUCGCCCUGGCUGAGGAAGACCCUUCAGUGCUGGGUUGAGGUUAAAGUGUCCAGAUGAAGCACAGUUCCUGCUUUGUCCAUUGCAAAUGUCACUGUGGGUCUGAGCGUGAAUAAAAGGUUUGACUGUAGGAGAAAUUGAAUGCUGGUUAUUCUGUCCCUCCUUUCUUGUGGUUUAACUUGAAAAAAAUGCUGUUUUAAUGCUGAGCUAAAAGGGCUCCUGACGUACUAUUACUGUUAACAUGGUGUGCCUUGACUCAUUUUCUGUUCAUUUGCAUCCCGUUGUAACUGCUUCAGCAAGGUCUUACGGCUCAUCUUGUUUGUCCUAAAAUGUUUAUUUUAUAACGUGCAAAUAAAUAAUUGGAAACUUU